AAGCUAUUUAUUUAUUAGUUACUUGGAAGAAGUCAAGUUGUUAUCCGUCAGACUCCACUGGCCUCUUGUCCAACUGGUGCUUGUCAUCCGCCUUUGCCUUUGCGGUCGCCAUUCAAAAAAAAAUAUAGCCGGACUUUGUUUCUACUGCCCAAAACCAUAAUUGUUACUCACAUACUCCGUAUUCUCCCUACAACUUCACGCCCUUCCCUGGCGACUGCCAUCGUCCUAACAACUACGAGUACUCCUUCGUUCCUCAAAAGACCUCAUGCUUUCCCCUUGAGUCGCCUUUUCCCUUCCCCCCCAAUUCUUGUCCAAACUUCUUCCGGCCCGCCAUGGCGAGCAAAGUCGCCCUGCGCCUGAAGCCGGUGAGCUUCUCGAUUGCGUCACGCAGGUCAAUAUCCUCCCUGGCCGCGACCUCCCUCCGUGGGACGGUGAAACCGUCCCCUGUGAUUGCGAUCGUUCCCAAGAAGCCGCAAUGUCUCCCUCGCCUUCUCCUUCGACAGUCCUUCCGUCGCGGCUACGCCGACGCCCCCCAGGCCACCCUCUCCCCGACCCCGAAGCCGAAGAAGCGCUUCAGGUUCUUCCGCUUCAUCUGGCGGGUGACCUACCUCUCGACCUGUGCUCUGAUCGGGUACACUGGCUAUCAAAUCUGGGAAGGCCGGAAUCCAGCAGAGCAGUUUGAACCCGACCCGAGCAAGAAGACCCUGGUGAUACUCGGUACGUGCUUUAUUCUGUAAUCCAGCUGCGGGAAAAAAUCGUACACAUGCUGACAAUUUUAAUCUUUCAGGUACCGGGUGGGGAUCGGUCUCCUUGCUCAAGAACUUGGAUACCGAAAACUACAAUGUCGUCGUCAUCUCGCCUCGGAAUUACUUCUUGUUUACGCCCCUGCUGCCUUCAUGCACCACCGGUACCAUCGAACAUCGCUCGAUCAUGGAGCCCAUCCGGAACAUCCUGCGACACAAAAAGGCACGAGUAAAGUUCUACGAAGCCGAAGCCACCAAGAUUGACUACGAGAAGAGAAUCGUCUACGCCAAAGAUGACUCCGAUAUCAAGGGUGAUACCAUGGAGACCGAAAUCCCCUUCGACAUGCUCGUCGUGGGUGUCGGCGCGGAAAACGCUACCUUUGGAAUCCCCGGUGUUCGCGAACAUGCUUGCUUCUUGAAGGAGGUCGGUGAUGCCCAAAAGAUCCGAAAACAGAUCAUGGACUGCGUGGAAACUGCCACUUUCAAGGACCAAACUCCUGAGGAAAUUAAGCGUCUUUUGCACAUGGUUGUGGUGGGUGGUGGUCCCACCGGUGUCGAGUUCGCUGGUGAACUUCAGGAUUUCUUCCAGGAAGACCUCCUCAAGUGGGUUCCGCAAAUCAAGGACGACUUCCAUGUCACUCUGGUCGAAGCUCUCCCCAAUGUUCUGCCCAUGUUCAGCAAACAGUUGAUCGAGUACACCGAAUCGUCGUUCAAGGAGGAACACAUCGACAUCCGCACAAAGACCAUGGUCAAGAAUGUCACGGACAAGUACAUCGAAGCCGAGAUCCAAAAACCAGAUGGAACCAAGGGCAUCGAAAAGAUCCCCUAUGGUCUGCUCGUGUGGGCCACGGGUAACGCUUUGCGCCCUUUGGUCAAGGAUCUCAUGCAACAAAUUCCCGCCCAAAAGAACGCUCGUCGUGGUCUCGAGGUGAAUGAAUACCUGGUCGUGAAUGGUUCCGAAAACAUCUGGGCUGUUGGUGAUUGUGCUGUCGCCAACUAUGCCCCCACCGCCCAGGUGGCGGCCCAAGAAGGUGCUUUCCUCGCCCGCCUCUUCAACACCAUGGCCAAGACUGAUGCCCUCGAAUCCGAACUCAAGCAAUUGUCUGCUAAGCAAGCCACCGCCAAGCCAGACGACCGUACUGUCGUUUUGAACGAAAUCAAUGAGCGUCAACGACAACUUCGCCGUGUCAAGCAGAUUGGUCCCUUCCAGUACUCGCAUCAAGGAUCUUUGGCCUAUAUUGGUGCGGAAAAGGCUGUGGCGGAUGUGUCUUGGUUCAGCGGCAACAUUGCAUCCGGUGGUACCAUGACCUAUCUAUUUUGGAAGAGUGCAUAUUUGAGCAUGUGCUUUAGCACACGAAACCGUGUUCUCGUUGCUUUUGACUGGGUCAAGGCCAAGUUCUUUGGCCGUGACGUGUCCCGGGAGUAGGGUAAUGAACGAAGAAUUUAACAUCCGCCCACUCUUUUCCUACCUACCCAGGUAAGGUAAUGAGAGAACAAAGAAAAGGCCAUGGACUCCGCCAUAUAGUUUGUAUUGUUUGAUUUGUUGAGAGCGUUGAGUCUGGCUAGGCAAGGGAAAGGAAGGAAUGGAACAUUCUAGGACGGGAUUUACGUUUCUGCUUUUGUUUUUGCCUGUCCUUUUUCUUCUUCUGUUCCUGUCUAGGUAGAAGGGGAGAGAAAAAAGAAAGGAAUGGAAAAAAAGCCAAGCAAGUGGUGGGAUGUCUGUGUAACUACCUUGUCAAAGGUUUAUGUAUUACUUCCUCAAGGAUGGAAAUCAAGUCGCAUGCACAUGUUGUGAUAUUUUGUCUUUCUUCGACUCGAAUGGUGGGUGGACAGGAAGGAGUAUAGUAUUGAACUCCUUCGAUAUUUCUACAGUUAUUGACCCAAGUCUGUAUGGGGUAAUGCAAAAUCAAAACCACACCAAUUCCG